AUGUUUGGGCCGGCACUGUCGCUUGGAAAGCCUGCUGUCGGUGAUGGCCGAGUGAGAUUCCGCAUACCGAGAUGGCGUCUGGCGGCAAUGACCGGCGACAGGUUGUCAUCCACCCGGGGGCCGGCGGCCCCGCAGCAGCGUCCCCGCAUCCCCACCUCCCCACCAGCAUGUGCUAUGCUCUCUGGGACGUACCUGCUGCGUCUAUUCGCAUUCGCAUCUCUCUUCAACUACACAAGCAGUAUCAACGACAAUGUCUUGGCCAGUCAAGAACAUCCCAAUCACGGAAUGUGGGUUGGGAACGCUGCCAUGUGGGUCAAGCUGACCGUCAGGCGACCGUAUGAUGUGCCAACCGGGCACCUCGCGCCCUCCUUCCGUGUCUUCCUCCUCAAACAGUUGGAGCAGUACAGCGAUCGCAUUAUGCUCAACGCACCUCUCGACCCUACAGGCAACCUUGGCGAGCGCGAGGACGUGACGUAUGGUGAGGUCGCACGUCGCGCACUUGACCUUGCUGCAUGGCUCCGCAAGCAGGGUGUCACUGCCGGCAGCUUUGUUGGCCUGGUCGGGUACAACAGCAUCGAAUGGGUAGUUGGCUUUGUUGCGAUUCAGCUCCUUGGCGCUGUGACCGUCAUGGUUAACGCGGCCGUCAAACCCGACUCGAUGGCUCACUGCCUCAACCUCGUCAAGCCCGUCGUUAUCCUCGCCGACGGCCCCUGUUCAUCGUCAAUCACGUUGAUUCAGGAUGAGCUCAAGGACUGCGGCAAGGUUUACGCUUGGUCGAAGCUUGGUGUUACAGGCAACGUCGAGGUUCUCGACUUUAAGAGCAUGAAAGUAUCGCCCUCGGACGCCGCCGACGUGAAGAAUGGCGUCGGCAUCAAGGACAUCCACCCCGACAGCGACUCGACCAUAUUUUACACCUCCGGCACCACCGGCUACCCCAAGGCCGUGCUCUCGAGCCAGCGCGCUUCGCUGCACAACGUCAUCUCGUCCCAAAUCCUUCUUGGCCGAGCCGCCCUUCGUGCCGGCGCCCCACUUGAGAUGGUGAUGCCUCUCAUCUCCAACCCACCCCCCGAUCAGCGCACCAUUCUCAUGGUUGUGCCCUUCUUCCACGCUACUGGAUGCCUGACCAUGCUCUCCAAGGCAUUCUGGGAGGGCAGCAAGCUCGUCCUCAUGCCCCGCUGGAACGUCGACGAUGCUAUCGACCUCAUGAUCAAGUACAAGGUUAACGUCAUUGGUGGCGUGCCCUCCAUUGCGACAGCUAUUAUUCAGUCGCCCCGCCUCCCCAAGGACCUGGACCUCCUGGGCUGUAGCUACGGCGGAGCGGCACCUGCGUCGCGCCUCCCUGGCGACCUUAGGAAGCGCUGGCCCGACUUGGUCUCGGCCCAUGGUUGGGGCAUGACUGAGACCAACGCGCUUCACACCAGUAACGCCGGAAUGGACUAUGUGAUGAAGCCCAAGAGCUGUGGUGUUCCUGUUCCCAUCUGCGAAGUCAAGAUCAUCGACACUGAUACGCGAAAGGAGCUCCCCACCGGUAAAGUCGGCACGAUCCUGGCGCGCGGCUCCAACAUGAUGAAGGAGUAUUACAACAACCCGAAGGCCACCAAGGACGCCUAUGAGAGUGGCCGUUGGCUCGACACUGGUGACGCGGGAUACCUUGAUGAUGAAGGGUUCCUUCACAUUUCGGACAGGAUCAAGGACAUUAUCAUCCGCGGUGGCGAGAACAUCCCCUCCGAGGAAGUUGAGAACGCCGUCUUCCUCGACGACCGUAUUGCCGAGGUUGCCGCCGUGCCCGUGCCCGAUGACAUUCUUGGUGAACUGGUGGCCAUCGCCGUCAGUCUCAGGGCCGGUGUCAAAGCCACCCCGGAGGACAUCAAGGCGCAAGCUGCAUCUCGCCUCCGUGGUCCUGCCCGUCCCUCGUUUGUGGUCAUUUACGACGGGCUGCUUCCGCGUAACAUCAACGGCAAGAUGAUCAAGAUGGAGAUCAAGAAGACCGUCGGUGACCUGUUCGCGGAGACGAAGCAGGCCCCGAGGGCCAAGCUCUAG